AUGACGACACAAUCAAAUAAAAAAUAUCAAGAGUUGGAAGUCGGAACAACUGUUCGUAUUUCCGUUCCUGACGUUGAUAGAGCCCGUGGAUCCCCACGCAAUUUAUUAGCAGUUAUUGCUAAUGUUGAAAACGGCUUUUAUAAAUUAUGUACCGAAAAUGGUUUUCUUAAACACAAGUAUACGAGAUCUCAACUUGUGCCAUGCAAAGAAAUGUUGCUUGAUCUCAAAACUCUGGUUGAAUCAUCUAAAGAAAAAGCGAUAACACUUCGAGAAGCAGCAGGAUGUAGUAGUCUUAUGGGCACACAAGGCUAUCAAAGAUGUCACUGUAAAAUGAAGUGUAAAACAAAUAAAUGCACCUGUCGAUUAGUAGGAAAAUUAUGCAAUUCAAAAUGUCACAGUUCAUUGUCAUGUGAAAAUAAAUAA